GUGACGCGUUCACUUCCAUUCCUGAGAGCCCUUGAUGUGAUGGCGACGGCAUUCCGCCGGAGACCUCUUUCUACCGCCAAUCUCUCCUGGAUGGCACGUCGCCGCGUUUCCGUCCGACCGGACAUGCCCCUCUGGGGGCCCUCGGGCCUCGACGCCCUUCUACGCCCGACGAACCUCAUUGUGUCGCCGAUUCCAGAUGCAGCAUCGGCGGAGGCGACGCCGAAUCUCAACGGACUGGGGAGACGUCUUUCGCCGGAUCAUCCGUGGCGAAUCCCUCCGCAUUCGAGCUAUAACUUUGCCUUCUCAUCCUUUGGCACUCCCUCAUCAUUCCAAAAUCACAUGCACCUUCAUUUGAACAACUCCACCUGCUGUGAAUUUCUCAUGUCCUUAAUCUGAAGCCAUGUAACUCAUGAAUUUUAGAGUAGCAUUAGUCCAUAAUUUGGAGAAACACCGUGUGUUUAUGAUGCAUGUUAUGUUUGUAGGGAUCUUUUGUGAAAAAUAAUAUAUAAAUGCAGCGGAAAAACCGAUCCCUCUAGAGAUCCAUGCGAAUACAAUAUACAAAGUUUGAUAGAAUGACAACCUUUGUUGCGUGAACGGUACAAUCCCAGCAACAACUUUGAUUCGGCAGAUCUUAGGACGAUCAAAAUGGUCGUGCCUCUUCGGUAUCCACAUGAACACGUUCCACGUUCGUCGCACGAACUUAGUUUCGGAGAAGAACCACCUUCGAUGUGCUAGCAAUUUGGAUGGUUUGGCCAAGAGAAGAAGAAGAGGAAGACUAGAAUGAUUCACACAAAAAUGCAUUGCAAAUAGUUUUUUGUACUCAUUCAAUGAAUACAAAAGAUUUUUACUUUUUGAUCUCCUUUUCAUUAAUGCUCCAUUAAUCUCUAUUAAUGG